AUGUCCGCAUUGCGACCGUCGGUAUGGGCGAAGGUUAGUAGACCCCCUCGCCGUCCUCGAGUCGGCAGAGCCGGAUGUCUGAAACGCUCCUUCUACCACGCCCUCUCUUCGUUCCCCGCUCAUAUUUACUCGUAUAGUGAUGUCUUGCUGCGACAUGUCAAAUACAUGCACGACGAAGUGCCAGCAGCUUCCGCCAAUUCGAAGAGGACCAAAUCUCGAACCGAUUCAAGGACGACACCAGUAAACCAAACUUCGCUUUGGGACGUCCAUGCCCGAGCGGCGAACCCUGUAUCUCAAGAUAUUUCAUCGUCCAUGACCGAUGAUAUCGUGCCCAAUAAUGCACUUAUGUCCAACCCACACUUGAGUCAGGUUGAAUUCUCCUCCGCGUUUCAGUUUGACAAAUUCAUCUCGACGUCGAUGCUUCUCGCCCAUGACAACCCCGUGGCCGAGCAGAUUAUCCCCAGAGGUACGAACGGAGCGGGGCACUCUGAGCAUGAUUCCAUGAAUAAUGCGCCGUCGCCGUUAAGUGAUCGGCCUGCAGUUCCACAGAUUGAUCACCAUCAAUUGCAUCCUAUGGCGAAUCAAUCCUCUGAAGGACACCAUCGCCCAACAGCGCAGGAAAGGCAUGUCGAUACCCCCGACUAUCAGCGAGUUUCCAUGAUUAAUCAUGAAUCUGACAAUGUUUCGCCUCGAUUUCAUCAAAUAAUUUCUGGCUCGGAGACCUCCAGUGAAGAGCGAACGAACAGUAUUCCAGCUGAACGCUUCUCCCUCGUGUCUCGACUCUGGCCAAAACGAUGGAGUUCGCAGGAUUGUGGAUUUACAUGUAACCUGUGGAAAAGUUUGAUCAUGCCUAGUAGGAAUACUGCAGCAAGCGACAAUCUUCACCCCGGGUCUUCAAUGGUGUCUAUGAAUGGCUCGCAAAAUACGGAUUGGGGGUUGGACGACAGCCAGCAACAGGAGCUAGUGCGAGAAUUUGCCCCAAAAUCCCCAGCGCAGCCGCAACGGAGCGACAGCCUGUCAUACGCCACUAGCCACACUACCAGCCGUAGCUAUGAUGGCUCGAGUAUGCCUUCUGAUUCCGGCUUUCCGUCCACUCGCUUGUUGAACUUAGGAUUAUCCACAGUAUUGCGGCAAACACACUGCUUGGUUUCAUUUCUGCACCAACCAACCUUUGUAGUGCGUGCAGCCCCGAAAUCCAUCAUUGCAAUAAAAAAGUGCUGUGCAGACCUAGCAGAGCCCAACUUUGGCCCGGACGAUUCUAAGCGUCUUGUCUCAAAUCUCAGCGCUGCCACUCUACUUCUAUAUGCAGUGUCACUUCAUCCAAGUAAGCCCCAUUCGAGCCUACCCCCAAUAGCCGAGUUACUAGGUCAGGCACAAGCAAAUAGUCCUUUGCAAAAUGAGCCUGUAAGUGACAUUGACGUGCAAUGGAAGCUUUGGGCUUGUGUCGAGAGUAUGAAAAGACUUGUUGCCACACUCAUUGUGACUGACUCCUGGUGGUCAUAUAAACUCGGCACGACCCCUCUUAUCUUUAUACACGCAAUGCGUUAUGACUUGCCUUGCUCCACAGAACUAUUCCGAAGCUCGUCUGCAAAGUCUUGGAAGCGCCUUAUUGAUACAACCGCUUGUAUCGACCAUCCGCCAGUAUUGAUCGAAUUGCAUAGGCCCUUGUUAGCGCUGCCAUUGGCGCAACAGAUGUCUCCGAUAGGAAUGAUGGGUCUUUUAUCCAUUUUUUGGAUUCGCAUAUUGGAGAUCCGCCGGCGUAUCAUACCACAAGGCCCUAUGGAGAUAGAACAAGGCAAGCGACUGAUCGUACCUGGAGCCAUCUACGCGAAAGACGAAUCAAGUAAAAUGAUAGGCCACGGUCUGCAAAAAGUCUAUAUAAAUUACGCUCAAUUUCUGCAAUACGAAAACCCGAACUGCGUUACCCUAUGGCACUUCCUCAACCUCCAGCUACUUGUGAACGUUGAAACUCUCGAGAGUGCUACCGGGCGCUAUGGUCUCGAGCAUGCUCAUUCUGCCCUGCAAAUCAUAGCUUUGUGGAGCAAAACUCAUUAUGCGCGGCGGGCCUGUCUCCACGCAGCGGGGAUAUUUAAAGCUAUGAACCGACGGCGCAUCACUGACAGUGUUAUGUUUCAUACCGAACAUACCGAAGUGUCAGUGUUUCUCGCAGCCCUUGUCCUAGGCCUAUAUAUCUUCACGGUUCACUCCAACAACGACGAUAAACACGAUGCUGAGAGGAGAAAGUCAGUGGAGGUCGAUGCGGAGCCUUGUGAAAUGUUAGACGAUGUUGACUGGCCAGGUCUAGGGCUCAUGGGUCUCGUGCCAUUAUCGGAGACGGCGAUAGGAGACCGAAGGUCGGACAGCCCGGCCAGCCGAUUCAUAGAAAGCGAGUCGCCUCUUAGCUUCAUGGGGAAUUCUAUUGACGGUGGAUAUGACGGGGCUCAUAUGAUCUUCUUGGAGUAUGCCAAUCUCCUAGAGGACCUCAAUAAGGGAACAAUCGAAGGACUCAGUCAAGUACUCCGGAUAAUGAGUAACUCGUUAGUCGAUAUGGAUUGUACCAAUUGA